AUGAACAUGGAGCCCUCCGACAUCUUUCGCAUUGUCAACUUGGCCGUUGGUGUCAUCGUCAUCCUCGGUGGUAUCGUGUCCAUCUUCUCUUUCAGCCUUCAGCCCAUCAUCCUGGGUGCUUACAUGAUCGUCUUUGGUCUUGUUACUGGCCUUCUUGAGUUCCAAAUCCCCCCUCAAGUUUCUCGACAUGCGUCGUUCAUGUUCUCUUUCAUCGGCCGUGGCGUCUUCUACAUCUUCCUCGGCUCUCUGAUGGUGAGCGACAGCGUUCUCAGCAAGAUUGCUGGCAGCAUCGUGGGUAUCACCGGUAUUGCCUACGUCGCUCUCGAGUUCGUUCCCUCCAUCGAGCCCCCUGCCAACAUGCGUGAGGCCGAAGACGCUGGCUGGGGUGCCGAGCAGGUCUAG